AUCCUCUGGUCCAUGGCGCGCGCACAGUGAGAUUUGGCGCUAGUGUUGCCUUGAGAUGAACAUUUGCAGUGGAAUAACUUUUUCAUGUCCUUUAACUUGUUAGUAAUCUUGUUUUACAUAUCCCGAUUAGCAUUUUAUGGAUAGUAAUGUCGGAUGAAGAACCGAAGGUCCCAGAAGAGCUCUUCAAAUAUGUUAAAUUCUACGUGGUCGGGGAUAUUGACCAAAAGGUUGUCCAGCUCCUAAAAGCGGGGAAAGGAAAAGAAGUCUCAUACAAUGCCUUGGCUACACACAUCAUAGCAGAGGAUGGGGAUAACCCAGAGGUUGGGGAGUCACGAGAAGUCUUUGACCUUCCAGUUGUCAAGCCKUCUUGGGUGACUUUGUCCGUAAGAUGUGGAGACCUGCUACCAGUUACAGGAUUCUCCCCAGAGUCGGGACAAAUAUUCUUCGGUGUCACGGCAUGUCUGCCAAAGCUACCAGAAGAUCUCAACACUCUUUGGGCCUUGAUCACUUUUUAUGGCGGUGACUGUCAACUCAACCUUAACAAGAAAUGCACUCACCUGAUUGUUCCAGAGCCAAAAGGGGAAAAGUACGAGCUCGCCCUGAAGCACAGCAGCAUCAAAAUCGUCACGCCGGAGUGGAUCACACACUCGGCGUUAGACAAGAGCCGGAAGGACGAGGCUCUGUACCACCCCCGGUUGACCUACCAGGAGGUGGAAGAGGAUGAGGAGAGUGAGUAUGAGUCGCUCUCCGAGGGCAGCUACAGCCCUCCAGGCCGCAGGCGCCCAGGCCCCAGGUCCCGGAGAUCCAGCUCCUCAAGAGACGACUCCCCUGCUAGUGGCCGAGGAGGGACCUCGCCCAAAGCUGAGCGACGAGACGAGCUCAUGUUCGACGACUCGGACGACUCUUCCACGGAGAAGGAGGAACGGAACCUGAACUGGACCCCAGUAGAGAUUACCGGGCCACCCCCGGGUCCCAAACGCAGACUGCAGGCAGGGAAGGACUCUGGCCUGAUCAACCUCUGUGCCAGCGUGCCCCCUGUGCCGGGUAGUGCAGGGCCACCAGACACACGGGCAGCCCUGGGACCCAGUGGUGCCCAGCCGGGGGCAGAGAGGCCAGAGGGCAUGGCAAGCUGGAGCCCAGCGGCCAGGACGCUACGGAACAUCACCAACAACUCUGACAUCCAGCAGACCAGCAGACCCUCCAGCGUUGCACAUAGUCUCUCUGCCUCAACGAAGACAUUGGAGCAGCAGCAAACGAACCUGGGCCAGCCUAACACCCAACCCAACCCGCUCCUGUUCAACCAAGUGAAGCCCCAAGGUCAGCAGCAGCUCACAGCCGAAGCACAGCAGCAGUUACUGCAGCAGCAGUCUCAUCAGGUCCCCCAACAACAACAGCCACAACAACAACAACAGCCACAACAACAACAACAGCCACAACAACUACACCCACCUCAGCAGCUGCCACAGCAGCAGCACCCCAUGCUGCAGCAUCUCCCACCACAGCAACUCAUGCAGUUGCACCACCAGCAACAACAACAGCAGCAGCAGCCGCAGGUUCCUCAGCCAGGUUUCCCUCCUCAGUUGCCACAACAACAACAACAAGCCCAUCAGUUCAUCCAGCAGCAGCCACAGCAACAGCAGAUCCACCAACAACAGAUCUUCACCCAGCAACAACAACAACCACAACAUGCAUUCUCGCAGCAACAACUGCGACCGCAGCAGCUCCUGCGGCCACCAAUGCAGCAGCAGCAGCUCCAACAGCAGCAGCAGCAGCAUGCUUUACAACAGCAGUUACAGCAGUUCCAGCAGCACAGGCUCCAGCAACAGCUGCAGCAGCAACAGCAGCAGCAGCAACAGCAGCAGAACCAACAGCAACAGCAACUCCAUCAACAACACCUCCAACAGCAGCAGCAGCAGCAUUUCCUGCAGCAACAGAUGCAGCAGCAGCACAUGCAGCAGCUCCAACAACAACAGCAGCAGCAGCAGCAUCUGAAGAGCCAGCAGCAGUCGCUGCAGCAGCAUCCGAGCCAGCAGCCACUCCAGCAGCAGCAGCAGCAGCCGCAGCAGCAGCAAGGGUCACUACAGCCUCAGCUCCAGCCGCCUCAAGUGCACCAGCUGUUUGGCCACGAGCCAGGACAGGAGAUUCCAGAAGAUGGCUUCUUGGUGGGCUGUGUGUUUGCUGUUGCUGACUACCCAGAGCAGAUGGCAGACAAGCAGCUCCUUGCCACGUGGAAGAGAAUUAUCCAGGCCUAUGGUGGAAUUGUGGACUCCUCUCUCARCAACCGCUGCACUCACCUGCUCUGUGAAACUCAAGUCAGCAUCAUGUAUGUCCAGGCCCUACGAGAGGGGAGGCGCUGUGUCACUGCCCACUGGCUGAACACCAUCCUGAAGAAGAAGAAGAUGGUUCCUCCUCACAGAACCCUACACCUCCCCUUCGCCUUCCCACCAGGAGCCAAGCCCUGCUCACAACACAUCAUCUCCGUAACUGGCUUCGUGGACUCAGAACGUGACGACCUGAAGCUGAUGGCCUACCUGGCAGGAGCCAGAUACACAGGCUACCUCUGUCGUAGUAACACUGUGCUCAUCUGUAGAGAGCCCAGUGGUCUGAAGUAUGAGAAGGCCAAGGAGUGGAGGAUCCCCUGCGUCAACGCCCAGUGGCUCUGUGACAUUCUCCUGGGGAACUUUGAAGUCCUCCGGCAGGUCCAGCACAGCAGAUACUCCAACUUCAACCUGCAGGAACCACUCAUCCCCAACCAGCAUCUGGUUCAGAACCUACUGGGUGCUUGGCGGGCUCCUGUGAAGGUUUCGCCUGAUGUGUUGGCGGCAUUGCAGUUGCAACAAAAGCAGAAACAGUCUGAGUCAAACUCCCAGCAUCCAAAUAAGAAACCAAGACUUGAGGAGAUCGAAGCCCCAACCAAGAAGCUUCCACCAGAAUCCACACCGUACAUUUUCUUCACUGGCUUUGAGCCAACACAGGUCCAACAAUUCAUGAAGAGGCUGCACAACCUUGGAGGGGAGAUYGCAAAGAGUGCUCAAAAGUGCACCCAUCUGGUGGCCAACAAGGUGACGAGGACUGUGAAGUUCCUCACGGCGAUGUCCAUUGUCGAGCACAUCGUCACCCCUGAGUGGUUAGAAGAGAGCUGGAAGAGCCAGAAGUUUGUUGAUGAGCAGAACUACAUGCUUAAAGAUGCAGAGGCAGAGGUGCUGUUCGGCUUCAGUCUGGAAGAGUCACUGAAGAGGGCCCACACUGCACCACUCUUCAAGGGCAAGUAUUUCUAUAUUACCCCUGGAAUCUGUCCCAGCCUUACCACUAUGAAAGCCAUCAUAGAGAGCGCAGGAGGAAAGGUGCUCCCCAAGCAGCCCUCCUUCCGCAAAAUAAUGGAGCACAAGCAGAAUAGGAACCUUCCUGAGAUCAUUCUGAUAUCCUGUGAGAAUGAUCUUCAUCUAUGUAGAGAGUACUUCUUGAAGAACAUUGACGUUCACAAUGCUGAGUUUAUAUUGACUGGAGUAUUGACACAGAGCUUGGAUUAUGAAUCAAAUAAAUUCACAUGAUGGCAAAGACCAAGGAGGAGAAGACUAGAAGAAGUCAGGUGAAGAUGAGGGUUUUAGUGAAGUGCAUUUUUCCAUUGACUGAGGUCCUGUACUGGAGGAAACAAUGAAGACGACUGAAACAAGUUGCAAUGUACAGUCACACUGCUGUACAGUCACACUGCUCUUGAUAUUUUGCAAGAUUUUGUACCCUGUGAAUAGAUAAUCGUUGUUUUGUAGGUUUUUGUAACAAUCGCUGAUAAUGCAUACAUAAAUUGAUGUUAUUUUUGUGGACUGAAUGUUUAAAUUAUGGAUUGGUUUUCAUUUUUUUUAUUCUAUUAAGGUUCUAGCAAUUAUUCAACACUUUUGGAAUAAAAUCAGAACUUUGUUGUCAAAAUGAAUCUUAGAUUUCUUUGCUUUCUCACAAAUAUACCUCUUUAGAUAUUCAUGGAACAGUGCUGAAACUCUUAUGCCAGUGGCAAAUUUACAAUCGCAAAACAAGAAGCAGAGUUGGUUGGUUUCAUGUAUUGAACCAAACAGCACUGACUACCAAAAGCACUGCACUGACCAGCUUUCCCUGUUUUCACUGACAUUUUCAGUCAGCCUGAAUGACUACAGUGCUGCAUCGCUCACCUUGGUCAUCAUGAAAACCUUUGAGCAUCUGGUCCUGUCCCAUCUCAAAACCACCAUCGACACCCUCCUUGACCCCAUGCAGUUCGUCUACAGAGCCAAUAGAUCUGUCUGUAGACGACGCCGUCCCGAGGAUAUUGUUUGUGGACUUUAGCUCAGCCUUCAACACAGUCAUUCUGGACCUGCUACAGCACAAACUCCCCCAGCUGAACGUAUCGGACUCUUAUCUGCCCGUGGAUCACUGACUUCCUGACCAACAGGUCACCGCACAUUAAGAUGGGAAAACAUAUUUCAGAAUCCCUAUCAGCACAGGGUUGCAUGCUCUCCACCCUCUACUCCAAUGACUGCACCUCCAAUGACCCAUCUGUCAAAACACUCAAGUUUGCUGAUGUAAACCUGGUCAUCCAAGUAGAAGGGUUGGUGGCCUGGUGCAGUCGCAACAACCUAGAACUCGACAUAGUCAAAACCGUGGUGAUGGUGGUACACUUCAGGAAAUGCCCCCCCACCAACUCUCCCCUUUCAAGAUUGAUUGCUCAGCUGUCAGCACAGCCAAGUCAUGUUUAAAUUCMUGGGGACCAUCAUCUCUCAACCUCAACUGGGAGGACAACAUCACAGUGGUGACCAAGAAGGCUCGACCGAGGAUGUACUGUCUGCGCCAGCUGAGGAAACUCAAACUCUCUUGGGAAAUUUUGGUUCGGUUCUAUACGUCCAUCAUUGUCAAUCCUCAUCUCUUCUAUCACCAUCUGGUUUGGGUCUGCCUGCUGCAAGUGCAAACUGCAGCGCAUCGUUCGGUCUGCGGAGAAGUUCAUAGGCUGUCACCUGCCCACCAUCAAGGACCUGCAGAGCUCCAGGACAAGGAAGCAUGCAGGUACAAUCAUUUCCUACCCUGCCCAUACCAGACCCCCCAUCUUUCAAAGACUCCACUCUGGCAGACGGGUUAGGUCAAUCAUGACCAAUACMGCCCUGCUCCUGAACAGUUUCUUCCCUGCUGUGGCCCUCAUCAACCGGCCAUCGGGCUCAUGGGGAUUAAGUGACUGCAUUGGGAUGAUUACUGCACCUUGUCAUCAAUGACCUCAAAUACUAAUCUGCACUAUACUGCAUUUUCAUUAUGUACACCUCUGGUCUUCCACACAACACUGUAUAUGCACUGUGUAAAAUCUCUCUGUUUAUAUAGAUAGAUAUUCCCACUGCGAUCAGCCUAAACUCCAGUGUUAUGUUUACUGUACCGAUACUGUAUAUGCUGUAUGAUGUUUAUGUGGACUUGUGUCUAUUCUGUUUGUAUAUUGUCUAUUGCUGGCAGCACCUUCACAAUGAAGCAAAUUCUGGGUAUGCGUAAAUGUACAGUACUUGGUGAAUACAGGUGAUUCUGAAAAUGAA